AUGGAGAGCGACCUCCACCAGAUCAUCCACUCAUCUCAACCGUUGACUUUGGAGCACGUCCGUUACUUCCUCUACCAACUUCUCCGCGGUCUCAAAUACAUCCACUCGGCCAACGUUCUCCACCGUGACCUCAAACCCAGCAACCUUUUGGUCAACGAGAAUUGCGAGUUGAAGAUCGGUGAUUUCGGUAUGGCCAGAGGUUUAGGAGCUGACCCAAGACAAACCAAAGCUUUCCUCACCGAGUACGUGGCCACCAGAUGGUACCGAGCACCAGAACUUCUCCUGUCCCUCCACCGUUACACCCGCGCCAUCGACAUCUGGUCGGUUGGUUGUAUCUUCGCCGAGAUGUUGGGUCGACGUCAACUUUUCCCGGGGAGAAACUACGUCCAUCAACUUCAACUCAUCAUGGCUGUCUUAGGGACACCACCAGCCACCGUCAUGGCCGCCAUCGGUGCCGAACGAGUCAGGUCUUACGUUCAAAGUCUACCACCGAGGCCACCGGUUCCUUGGGAGAGUCUUUUUGGUGACGCCGAGCCGGCGGCGUUGGCGUUGUUGGGGAGGAUGUUACGGUUCGAUCCACGCGAGAGGGUUGGGGUGACCGAAGCUUUGAGACACCCAUUUUUGGCCAAAUACCACGAUCCUGAAGAUGAACCCGAGUGUGUCCCCGCCUUCGACUUCGCCUUCGACCGCCGGGUCCUCACCAAGGAGGAGAUCAAAGAAGCCAUCGUAGCCGAGCUCGCCGAUUUCCACGCUCGCCGCGAUGGGAUUCGCCGGCAAAUCGCUUUCGCGCCGGGUGGUGGCGUUGAAGGUGUCGCCAAUGGUGGUAACGUGGUCAACGGUGAUGUGGGUAACGUCAAUGUGGUCAUGGGUGACAUCAAGACAACCAACGGUGGCGUCAACAUGGCCAUGGGUGACAUCAACACGGCCAAUGGUGGUGUCAACGUGGCCAUGGGUGACGUCAACGCGGCCAAUGUUGGCGUCAACGCGAGUAACGUCAACGUGGUCAACGUCAACGUGGCCAUGGGUGACAUCAACGCAACCAAUGUUGGUGUCAACAUGUCCAACGUGGCCAUGGGUGACGUCAACGCGGCCAAUGUUGGUGUCAACGCAGUCAACGUCAACGUGGCCAAGGUCAACGUGGUCAACAAGACCGGCAUCAACGUGGUCAACUCUGGUGUCCCCAUGGGUCAUGUCAACGUGGCCAACACCAAUGUCAACGUGGCCAAUGUCAACAUGGGCAACUCUACUGUCAACGUGGUCAAUGCUGGUGUCAACGUGGCCAAUGUCAACGUGGCCAACGCCUCCAUGACCAACGUCAACGCCACCAUGGCCAACAGCAACAUGACCAUGGCCAACGUCAACGCCACCAUGGCCAAUGUCAACGCCACCAACAUCACCGUCCCCAACGCCCCGGCGGAGCCGGGGGUCCCCGUGGUGACCAAGCGGGACGGCGCCAUCUCUGAUGACACUAAAGCUGCCCUCAAAGCUGCUCUGCUCAAGUCGGCCAUGAGGAACAAGAGCAAAGGUGAGGAGAACCUCAACGUCUGCG